AUGUCACGAAAUUGUUUUGUCCCGUUGUGUAAAGAAGGAUACCCCUCUACCAGGUCUACUAACAAGGUAUUGGGAAUUCGAAACAAAACAUUGUUUAAAGCACCUAAGGAUCCUAAAGUCUUAGCACAAUGGGUUAAAGCAAUUCCACGAUCAGAUCGAGAUUUGAGAUCAGGGAUAGACCGUGUGUGUGAAAAGCAUUUUGCUGAAACCAGUCUGAUAAAAUAUUUUGAAAAUGUAAUGGCAGAUGGUUCAAUCCAAAAAAUUGAAAGGGAUAGAAUUUGUUUAAAAGAAAAUGCAGUACCAUCAUUGUUUCCAGAUCUACCACAUUACUUAUCUUCUAUAAAAAAAAUACGAAAACCCCAAGUUCGACAUUUGAACACAAAAUCUAAUAAUGCUGAAACUCCUAACCUCAAUAGUUCAUUUAAUACUACAAUUAUCGAAUAUGAUAUAUUUUACAAUAUUGUGAAUCAAUUGAAAAGUACCAUAUUACCUGAUGCCACAUUUAUUUCCAUGGUAAAAGAUGAUUUGGUUAUUGGAUGGUUUAAUAAUGACAAGGAUACAGUGUUCAAAAAAAUUAUCAUUUAUAAAGAUAAUCUUAACAUACAAGUGUUUGUAAGCAAAGUCAUAGUGAAUGUUGAAGGAAUAAUGCAAACUGCUACAGACUUUGAAGAUAUUGAAAAAAUUAUAGCUAUAGUAAAUAAUUUACAAGCUUGCAGUGGCACUGGUCUUGAUAAAAGCCCACAAUCAGUUGCAUGCUAUGGUUAUGUUGAUGCAAAGAAACCAGGCACAUCAUUUACAGAUUCUCGUUGCACUGUAUGCUCUAAAGAAAGAAAAAAUAUGAUAGAUCUUCAGAGAAUAUAUACUUUAAGACAGAGAGAAAUAAAAAAAAAAUUAAAGAAACAGAAAAGCAUAGGUAGAGUCAAAAACAUUACUCGAAAGAAUAGCAGACUUAAUAAUAAAGUGUUAAAGUUAAAAGAAAAGGUAGGUUUGUUAAAACAGAAGUGUGCUACUGCAUCUGCUGCAGUAAUUGAAAAUGAAUUAACCAGGUUGCCUGAAAGUCAGCAAGAAGCAGUACGUGCUUGUUUUGCUGCUGCUAAAUUAAAAGAUCCUAAAGGAAAUCGUUAUUCUAUUAACUGGAUUUAUGAAUGCCUUUUGGUUAAAAUAAAAAGUAGAAAAGUUUAUGAACAUCUUCGUACAAAAAAAAUAUUAGCAUUACCCUGUAUAGAUACUUUAGGGAAAUAUAUAUCCAAAAUGUCUGGUCAGUAUGGUUUUCAACAAGCCAUUUUUGAUCUUUUAGCAAAAAAAGCAAAUUGUAUGGCUCCUGAAGAUAAACGAGGAAUUCUAUUAUUAGAUGAAAUGAAAUUAAGUGAAUCAGUUUCAUUUAAUAAAAAAACUCUAAAGGUUAAUGGUUUGGUUAACUUGGGCAAUUAUACUCCCGAACAUCAGAUAAAUAGUAAAGGUGAUCAUGCCUUGGUUUUAAUGUACCAACCAUUUCGAGGAAAGUGGGUCCAGGCCUUAGCAGUUUUUUUGAGCAAAGGUUGUGCUUCAAGUACAGUGUUACAUAAGAUUGUUAUGGAAUGUGUUAUUCUUUUGGAGAGAUCUGGUUUCCAUGUAGACGGCAUUGCAACUGAUGGCGCUACUUGGAAUCGUAGUAUGUGGACAAAGUUUGGAAUUUCGUCUGAAAAUGUUAGUUGUGAACAUAUUUAUGAUUCAUCAAGAAGGCUAUGGUUUUUGUCAGAUUUUCCCCACCUCAUUAAGAAUUUCAGAAAUUGCAUAGUGAAACAAAGUGAAUUUUGGACACCAGAUGGAAUAGUAAAGCUAAAACAUUGGGAUGCCAUAAUAACUUCUGAAAAUCCUUUUGGUUAUAAUUUAAAAUUGUGUCCUGGUUUAAGUAAUGAUGACGUACAUCCUAAACCCUAUCAAAAAAUGAAUGUUGGCAGAGCAUACCGUUUUUUUGGUGAAAAAACUGCUAUAGCUAUGGAGAUUUAUCGAGAAAAUAAUGUGGAUUUAAUUGAUUGUGAACCAUCAGUUAUACUUAUUCGUCGAAUUAAUAGUUUAAUUCAGGCCAUGGAUUCUCGAAUUCCUAGCAAUAGUCUCAGGAAAGCUUCUCCUGAAUAUGAAGUAAUCAAACAUUUUAUACAUUAUUUAGAUGAAUGGCAUGAUACUGCAAAAAAAAACAACUAUAAUUUUUUGACUGAUAGCACAUAUUUUGGCUUAAAAGUUUCACUUAAGGCCACUCUAGAAAUUUUUGACUAUCUUGAGACUUGUUGUGACUAUCAUUUUUUAAUGACAGCUAGAUUAAACCAGGAUAAUUUAGAGAGAUUCUUUUCAAUGAUGCGUAGUUCAUGUGGAUCUAAUGAUCACCCAGAUUCGGUAUUAUUUGUUCAAAUAUUCAAACUAAUUUGCACUUAUUCAUUGGUAAAACCACCUAAAGGAUCAAAUAUAACAGGGGGUGAACUCUUGUCAUCGUUAUUUAGUAUAAAUGACUUGAACACGCAAGAAGAUAAACGUAUACAAUUUCGCCAAGCUAUAGACAAUAUAAUAGAUCAAGGGUCAGAUUGCCCUGAUGUCAUGGAUCUUUUUUCUUCUUAUUAUGAUCAUGAUUAUACUGGUUUAACUGUGACAAAUGAUCCCGUGUUAGCAUAUAUUGGAGGGUAUGUAGCUAGGAAAGCAACACGAUUUACAAAGUGUUUAAAUUGCCUCUCAUCUCUGAAAUCAGAAAUAUCUCAUUCAAGAGAUGUUUUCAUUGAUAAAUUAUCUCAUGGACAUCUAAUAAAACCAUCGGAAAAAUUAUUUAAAUUAAUAAGUACUAUGGAGGCUGCGACGCUUUAUGUUUUAAAUGAAGAAGGACUUAGCAGUGAAGUACUAUUUAGCAUUUGUUCUAAACUUGAACAGAUAGAGUCACUACAACUUAUUGGAUGUGAUCUCCAUGCAGAUGGCUUAACAUCUUCUAUAGUUAACUUCUUUCUUAUAACAAGGGUACAUUUUGUUUGUUCUCGAUCCAAUUCUAUAGACAAUGCAAAGAAAGAAAAAUCAAAACUUCAUAGAAAGUCUGCAAAGUUAGUUUAA